AAAUCAGCUCUAUGUCCCGUUCAAAACUGACAAGUUAAGGUUUGCCCCUGCCUGGAGCCACUGCGUUCAAUCGUUAGCAUCUUAUGCCUGGAUUGCGUUGAGAUAUAUCAUUGCUGCCGGGCCAUGCAAAGCGAUCUGCGAGAGGCAGAGUCAAGGACUUGCGCGACGGUUCGUCUGGCAACCUGAGCGACGACGCCGCAAGGCGUCGGGAAAGGUGCUAUGUAUAUAUCAUGUGCUUAUUUGCAUUGUUACAUGUGAUGCCAUGGCUGCUGGCCAGCACUGCAAUGGACCGCGGGUAGGCGAGGAGGCACUUCGCCCCCCGCGACCAACUCCUCAGCCCCAAUGACCAAACUUCCUUACCAAUUCACUACUUACACAUUUGAAGUCACUGUAGCAACCGUUCAAAUGCUCUACGCAAAGCGGUUAAAGCCCUGAGCAAGGCAGUUCGGCGCAUCCUGCAGCUCUCCUAAGCGAGCGGCGCACAACAAUGGAGCAGCGCGACAAACGUAAUAGCAUCCCUGUAGGCUUCCACUUCGAACUCCAUCAGCACGGCGGUCACCCAUCAGCCGGUCCAUCACAGACUGGGCAUACGAGCUUCCACCCAGUGGAUGCCCACAGCGGAAAUGCGGCCGACGCGCCGGACCGGCCGGUCCUCGCAUGGCUGGAAGCAAACUACCAUCGCAUGCUGCUCGGCCCUACCCGCACCAGUGGCGUCCGGGGCGCGACGGUUCCGCGCUCGCCUCGAAGCGCCCACCGGCCCAGCACUGGCCGCCUAUCUUUGUCGCAGCUCCCCGCCGCCCUCCAGGUCCAACUGGCAUCGCGGCCGGAGGUGACGGCGCAGUUCGCAGCCACCAUCUACGGCUCACUGGACGAGCUGGGGCACAACAUGGCCGUGCAGAAUGCGCUGGUGACGAAGGCCGAGGAGCUGGAGCGCAGCUACGAGGCACACCGCUAUCGCGGGCCCUCGCGGACGUCCUUGUUCCACCGCGUGGAGGCCGCCACCGCCUCGCUGGCGGACCUGAUGGUUGCGGCCCAAGUGCCCGACCCGCCGCCCGCCGCCGCCGGCUCCCGGCCGGAUGACCGCGAGCCGGUGUGGAUGCGGCUCAGCUCCCCCGACACCGGCUUCACAGCCGCCUUCCGCCGCAUGCGCGCCGCGCAGCAGCAGCAGCAGCAGCAGCAGCAGCAGCAGCAGCAGCACAACCUGGACAAGCGGCCGCCACAACAGCUCGGCACCGGCAAUAGCCUUGGCACCGGCAGUGGCACAGGCAGUGGUUUCGGCAGUGGCAGUGGAGCCGGCGGGCGCGCGACACAGCAAAAGCGACUGAAGGGGCAGCAGCAGCAGCGACAGCCACAGACGCAGCCACAGCCACGUGGCGCCAUGGGCUCUGUGGCGAGUAGGUACAUGCAGCCGCGGCCCCCGCCACCCGGCCGCGGGACGGCAGGCGCCGUCUGUUCCGCUGCUGCCGGCAGGACGGCGGGUUCCGCACAGCACGCACCCCGCCACGUCAUGUUCCAGUCCUCAGCCCUCGGCGCUGGUGUCAGGACGGCGGCGGGCGGUAGCGCGGUUGAAGCCGCGGGUGCAGCGGCUGCGAGGCUGAGCAUCAACAACAUGCACUUCAGUCCCCGGGUGUCACAAACCGGCGUCGGGGCGGCAGCAGGGCCGCUCGGCCUGAUGCCACCGGGAGUGGACACCGCAGCAGGGCACGCCAUCCUGGCCCGCCUGUCGGCAGUGCUGCAAUCGCCGCUGCCGCCUGAGCUGCCCGAGCACUUGCCGCCGCACGUGUCGCCGCCGGCGUCUGCACAUCAGCAGCUGAUGCUGGCAAAUAGUGGUAGUGGCGGCGGUACCUACGAAACCGCUGCCGUGGCCGCCGCCGCUGACGCAGCGCAUUCAGCGGCAUCGCCCUUUUGGCCGCCGCCGGAGCUGGGGCAGGAGGCUGUAGCCGUCUGGCACGAGGAGCUGUGCGCGCGUGGCGCAGGUGCGGGGGGCUCUGCAUCGCCCGGGGGCCUCUCACCAGCAGCUUCGGCAAAGUCGCGGAAAGCCACCACCCAGGAGGCAUUGGAGGGCCCCGUUGGUGGCAGUCCAGACGUGUCCACUUGUGGCCAGGCAACUGAGGCAGGCACUGGCGAGACUCGUGACGGCGACGGCGGUGGCAGUGCCGCUGGCGUUGCUAGUGGUAGUGCAUUGGCACAGCCUGCACCCAACAGUUCUGCCAAGAAGACGUGCUCGUUGCAGUGGCGUGCUUUCUCCAAGGCCAAAAGCAGCAGUAGCAGCAGCACUGCCGCGGCGGCACAGGACAGCCCGCUGAUAGUGGAAGUUUGCCCGCAGCACACAGCAGUGGGGGAGGAGGUGGAGCCGGAGCCAGGCCCUGCGCUGCACGCCAGUAGCCGCCACACCAGCAGUCGUGCCGCCAGCAGCCGCAAUAAUCACCACCAAGAGGAGGACGAUGAGCAGGCGGUGGCGGCGGCAGCAGCCGAGGUUGGCGGUGGCUGGAGAGGCGUCGGCGAAGGCGGCGGGGGCAACCUGCAGCAGCAGCAGCAGCAGCAGCAGCAGCAGCUGGUGGUGCGGCUGUGUCGUGCCUCUAUGGCGCUAGUGCGACACUCGGCGGCGCUGCUGGCGGAGCUAGGCCUGGGUGCGGCGGAGGGAGGCGAUGACGAGGAUGGUGGAAGCGGCGGUGAUGGCAGUGAGGACAGCGAGGCCGGUGAAGAGGAGACAGCGGGUGUCGCUGAAGCGGAGGUGGCGGCGGCGCCCGGCGGAGAGCCGGCGGCGCUGUUGGUGACGCUGCCGGAUGAAUGGUGGCUGACGGAGCCAGGCACGCCACUGCUGCCGCCGGCGCCGCCGCCAGCAGUGCACAGCGGUACAGCCGCGGGCGGGCAGCCGCGGCAGCCGCCACCAACAGCACUAGCACCAGCAGCCGCGGCGGCGGCGCAUGUGCGUUCACGGAAGUCAUCGUUCAGGCGGCAAUCGCGGCAUGUGCCGCAGGCGGCCGCCGCUGACGGGUUUGGGCAGUGGAUGGCGACCAUUCGCGCCAUGAUGGCGGACCUGGACACAAGCAUGGUUAAGAUUCGCGAGCGGAUUGAGGAGUGCAAGGGCGCGCCCGCCGGCGACAACGAUGCCGGCAAUGGAAACGGAGAUGGCGAUGGUGCCAAUGGUCGGGACGGUGAUGAUACCGAGGCAGCUCGCUCCCGCAGCACCAGUAGCAGCAGCCACGCCUCCAGGCGCGUCACGCUCAUGGCCCAACACGUGGCGCUGGCGGAGCAACGCAAAUCGCUGGCGCUGGCGGCGCGGCAGCUGCGGCGGCUGACGUGCCGCAUGUCGCCGCCGCUGGUGCCGCCUGGCGGCGCCAACGGACAGGCCGCGUCCGAGGGCGGCAGUGAUGGGGGGGAUGGGGAGGUCUGGGACGAGGGCUGCGGGGGAGGCGGCGGCGGCGGCGGAGGUGGAGGUGGGUGGCUGUUGGGUGCGGCGCGGUGCCUGCGGCCUGGUGAGACCCGGGGUGAGAACGGCGUUGCUGAGCAGCUGGGCGCGGCUGAGGAGCUCCAUGCUGCUACGGUCCUCGCGCUAGGUAGCGCCAGCGGUGCCACGGGUGCUGCUGCCGGCCACGCGGCCGCAAUGGACGCGCCGGCGCCAAGUGAGGCCGCUGGGGUCGGGGCCGAUGCGGAACUGGAUGCAGCACCUCGCCCGGGGGCUGCCAACGCUGCAUCGGGGCGGGCCCUGCCCAGCCCCUCAGCCGGCGGCAGCAACAGCGGCAGUAGCAACCGCCACCCACCAAAUGGAGAUCGAGAUUGCCAGUAUGUGGCAGCUUCUCCGGGCGCCGGCGGGGGCGGUGUUCACCACCAAAUCACGUGGGCUGAGGAGCCGGCGGCCUGGCCGGCUGCUGCUGGUGAUGCGCCUCGUAUGCGGGUCUGGGGGAUGCGGGGCGACGGCACCGGCGCCAGCGGACGGGGCAGCCCCGCGCAUCUCCGCCGCGCGGCCUCCUCCGCCGCUUCCGCCGCCGUCUCCGCCGCCUCUGGCGGCCCUGCUACUGCCGCAAUGGUGGUGGUGGCGGUUGGCAGUAGCAGCGGCGGCGGCGGCCUCACGGGCAGGAGCACCAGCAGCAAAUCACUACAGCUGGGCGUUGUGGGCUGCCGCCCCGCAAGUCGGGCCGGCAGCGACAGCAACCACCACCGCUCCCUUUCGCCCGGCCCCGGCGGUGCCAGCAGCCGUAGCCGCCACGCCGGAAGCGGCAGCAGCAGCCGAAGCACCAGCCAGAGGCGCCGGACCGACAGCCGCGAUGCGCCUGCCUCUGCCGCUACCACUGCUGCAGCGGCGGCUGGGGCCGUGACAGCCAGUGCUGCUGAGACCAAUCACGCAGUCGCACCCUCGCCGCCCUCGCUGGUGACUUUUGCUGCCGACGAGGUCCGGGAGUCUGAAGAUGAAGAGUGCGCUAGCAGCGGCCCUAGGGGCCUCUGGGUUGGAAGCGUAAGCAUCCGCAGCACCAGCCGAGGCAGCAGCAGAAGCAGGCAACACCAGCAGCAGGCGCAACAGCUGCAGGGGCAGGGCCCGCUGUCCAGGUUUGACCCCACCGGUGUCAAGCGGCAGCUGAGCAGGUCGCACCCAGCUCUCGACCCCGCGCCGGCCGCGCCAGCGCUGCUGCCCUCGACACCCGCGCCACACGUGGAGCCAACAGCGCUGCUUGACCAGUCGCGCGCAGAAGCGGAGCAGCAGCAGCAGCAGCAGCAGCAGCAGCAGCAGCAGCAGCAGCAGCAGCAGCAGGCGCAUGAAGGGCUCGUCAAUGUGCCCCCCACCACCGCCCCCAGCUGCAGGGAAGGCGCCAUAGACAUGAGCGCUGGUGAUCGCGGCAUGGGGCACACUGAUGCCGGCGGCGCCGAUGCCAGAAAGGGGCCGCUGCCGGAUGUGGCAAGUGCCGGCAGCGCCAGCGCGGCGGCAGAUGCGGCCCCGGUCACCUUCACAAUGCUGGAAAUGCGUCGCGCCCGAUCCACGAGAGGCAGUAGCGGCUACAGCGGCCCUGGUGGUGGUGACAACAGUAGCGGCGGUGCUGGCACGGACGCGUGGCAACAGUCGCUUAGCACCACCUUCGACGGCUGCGUGCGGCGUGGCGGCAACGGCAGCAGUAGCGGCGUGGCGUACAGUGGAGGCAACGGAAGUGGCGGCGGUGGCCUGCACGCGGACUCUGCCUCAGCGCCCUGCUCGCCACUGUUGAGGGCUUCAGGCGCAGCCACCACUCCGCAAUUGGCGACCCCACUGGGUGUGGCUGCGUCGUCGACGUCGCCAUCCUCCCCAGCGCUGGUGCCGAUGCCUUCGAAUGCGGGUGGUAGCAGUGACCGUAGCCAGCAGCAGCAACAGCCGGAGGGCUGCUGGGUGGCACCGGCUGCAGCUUCGAGCCCGCUGCUGCCAGCCUUCUCCAGUGCCCCUCUGCUCCCCUCCUCUGCGCCCAGCUCCCCGCUCCGGUCAUCUUCGUACGGAGGUGUGGACGGUGACGCACAUGUCAGUGGUGGCACUAGCGGCGGUGGUGUCGGCAGCCGGGUCCGCAGCAGCAGGUUCGGCAGCCGGGGCGCCGCCGGCAGCAGCAGCGCCUGUCCAAGCCCCAAACCCGUGGAGGCCAAGGGUUCCAGGUUUAACACGCCGCCAGGGUCACCUGUCACCACCGCAUCCUUGUCUGCGACGGGCGGCAAGGCCUCCGGACGGACCUCCGCCAGUGGCGGGCUGGUCGGCGCCAUGCGGGGCCUGCAGCAAGCGCCGGGCUCACCAGCGGCCCGUGGUUCCCUCUCAGGAGCCGACGCAGUAGGCAGUAGCAGGGAGCAGGGAGCUUGGCAGGCGACUGCUCCUGCCGGGGGCGAGGGCAGGGCCGCAAGCAGCCCCAGCAUGCUGGUGCGUGGCGUGCGCAGCUGUAGCAGUCCUUUGGCCUCACGGCGCGUGGGCUGGGGUGCUCCUGCCGCUGCUACUGCCGUCCCAAGCUCGCCUCCCGUCAACGCCGUCGGCAGCCCCGGCGGCGUGUCAGCUGCCGGGCCCCCCCUUGUGGUCACACGGUUGGGCAGCCCCAGUCCCAGUAGUGGAGCUGUCAUGUGGGCACCAGCACCAGCAGUAGCACUGCCCUACUCGGAGCGAGGCGCUGGCAGCGGUGGCGGUGGCGGUGGGGGGCGGUACACCUCAAUGCUCACGUCAGCGGCCACGACCACGGCUGCGCAGCUGCAGGCCGGCGCGGGCCAUCAGGCUGUAGCAGCCAGCACAGGUGUGCGACCCAUGAGCUCGCCUGCUCGGCAGCCGCGGGCCUACAGCUUGGGCGGAGGAGGAGGCGGUGGAGGAGGGGACUCUGGGGUGGCGACAGCAAUGCUACCGCUGUCACCAUCCGGCAUCUGUGCUAGCGCGAGCGGCAGCAAGGAUGUUGCUGGGUGGGGCUGGGGCGGCGGCAGUCCCUUGGGCGGUGCUGCUGCCCAGAGCCUGUUUGUGGUGGACGGUGUCAGUCGGUCUGUGCGUUUAACAUCAGCUCCUAUGGGGGCGCCCGGCCCCCGCAGCAGCGGUCGCAGGGCUUAGGCGCGUUGGGCGUAGAGGGACGCAGAACACACACGCACAGGUUCAAUAUGCAACGGUAGCUGUGAGUUCGGCGUUAUGCGGGCCAAGAAGGAUGCGAUGCGAGGCUUGCUCAAGUAUACGGUAUGAAGGGUCAGUAGCAAUGGCAUGUUAUUCAUGUUCUUCAUGUGUUUAGUUAACGCUUUGCUUGGGGAGUGCCGAGGAGUGCCGAACUUGGAUUGCCGGGAUGUGUGCUCACGAGGCCCGUGCGGGCGCCGCGACACCGGCAGGUUCUGUUAAAGAUGCAUGGGUGGAAUGUUCAAGCAAGCCGGCCUGACGCACAAAAUAACCUGUGGCAGCCUGUGUGGGUACAAGUUGCCCUGUGGAACAGUGGAAGGAGCAAGGAGCCGAGGUGCGUGCGUGAGGGUAUGCGCGACUUUACAGGGCAGGCGCAGGCGCAUGCAGCAGGACGAGCUUAACGCAGUGACAAAG